AUGGCAGAAGACGACCAGCCUCUGAAUGAGACCGGCCAUCCAGGAGGAGAGGGCUUGCUACCGAGCAUUGCCCGACCUACUAUAGCAGCACCGAGUUUUGAAAUUAAAUCUAGUAUUAUUAACAUGUUGCAAAAUUCUGUGCAGUUUGAUGGGAAGGAUCACGAAGAUCCAGGUCGGCACAUCGCAUCAUUUCUCGAAGUGUGCUCGACUUUCAAAAUUCGAGACGUUUCUGAAGACGCAAUUCGUUUGCGACUCUUUCCAUUUUCUUUGCGAGACAAAGCCCGAUCUUGGCUUUUAUCACUUCCAGCAGGGUCCAUCACGACUUGGAACGAGAUGGUCGAUCUUUUUAUGCAAAAAUAUUUUCCGCCGGAAAAGACAGCUAAGCUUAAGAAUCGUAUAAUGACAUUCAAACAGGACGAAGGAGAAUCUCUACACGCAGCUUGGGAGAGGUUCAAAGAUCUUCUGAUCGACGUUCCACAUCAUGGGUUGUCCAAAAGGCAACUUGUGUUGAACUUCUACCAAGGACUCAACUACGACUCACAAGAACGUUUAGAUGUAUAUGCAGGAGGCGAUCUUGGAACAAAACCACCCAGUAAAGCCUAUGCAAUCAUAGAGAAAGCUACCUUGAAGUCAAGUUCUCGUCACGGUGGAGUGCGAAACAAAGCAUCAUCUAUCCCUGGAGUUCAUCAAGUGGAUACAUAUACGGCUCUAGCAGCACAAAUUGGAGCUUUGGCAGCAAGAUUUGAUCAAGCUCAGAAUGUUUCGCAGGUGCAAUCAUCAUGUGAGCUGUGUGGAGUGUCACACGAGGCGGGUACAUGUGAGCGGGGUGUUAUGUUUAUAGGCCACGAAGAGGUGGACUAUUUGGGCAAUCAAAUUAGGCCCCAAAAUAACCCCCAUAGCAACACGUACAAUCCGGGUUGGAGGAAUCAUCCCAAACUUUGUGUGGAAAGCUAA